AUGCGCCAAUCAAAGUCAAGCUUCUUCAAGUCUCGCAUAGUGAUUGGCUGGGAGGGAGUCUGUGGCAGUAAUCUUCCAACUGCUACCACUACUACUACGGCGCUCUAUGGCGCUGAUCCUGUAAACCAAAUCGCCUCAGAAUUGGUCGGGAAUAAUGGACACAAGCUCUGGAGGAACGAAGUCCAAUCGAGCGUUUUCGAGCACGCGGCUCAGUUGAUCAUAGCUGAGACUUACGACGACUCCUACGCCGCUUGUUAUGCCAAAUCCGUGAAUUAA